AUGUGUAGAGUAACACGCGUUGAGCUCACGAGCGACGAUGAAGUCGACGAUGUAGUGCAGCGCGAAAUACUAGACAUUCUCUGUCUUCUUCAGAACGAAGUCAUCUCAUUACGUCUGGGCAAACUGCACAUGAAAAACGCUGAGUUGGCACCUCGCCUACCCUUGAUGAACUCCCUUUCUCUUGAUAGCUGUGAUGGUGGAAUUGAGAAAUUUAUCAGCGCACUUAGCACAGCAGCAGAGAUACUCGAAAUAUCUGACUGCUUUUGUUUGUCAGACGCGAUGUUCGAAUCUAUGCCAACGACCGAAGUGCACCGUCUGGUUCUCGACAACACAAAUGUGGCGACCUCGUGGCUGGAGCACCUGAAAUGCACGCAUUCAGUGCAGACACUGAGCUUGAUGGACUGCUGCAAGAUCGACGCUCUGCGAGUAAGUGCUUUCCCAGAGUUGCGACGCCUACUGCUGUGCCGCACCCCGAUAGCAAGUGAAUCGCUGAAAGGUGUUGAAAAAUGCAGUCAUCUUCGGAUUGUGAAUCUGGGAGGGUGCCAAGAGAUUGUUGAUGUCAACGCGUUUGGGGCGUUGAAACAGCUUCGCGAGCUUUUCUUACAUGAAACAUCUGUAACCAAUGCUGGUAUUGCAGCGCUUGCUGAUUGCGAGCGACUCGAAAAGCUCAAUUUGGGUGGCUGCGUUCAUGUUUCCAAUGUCAACCAUCUCGGGAGCUUGGUUAAUCUUUUGGAGCUGCAUCUUUGGAGUACGAAGGUGACGAAUUCAGGAAUAGAGGGUCUGGCCUCAUGCUGUUCGCUGAUGGAGCUUGUCUUGGACGACUGCGUCCGAAUAACAGAUGUUCUGCCGCUUGGAUGCUUGCAAUCGAUUCGAUGGCUUUCACUGAUUGGCACAGAGGUCGACGCCCGGGGCGUCAAGGGACUGAUUCACUGUCAAAAAUUAGAGACGUUGGCUCUUGGGGGAACGCGAAUCGCUCAUCCACCAAAGCUGUGGAGACACGAGGCUAUUGUUGAGUAUCUUGAAAAUCUAAUCUGA